CAUAGGAGUCAUUCGUUGAACUGAUCUCAAGCUGUAAGAUUCAGUGUCGGUGCUGCGGUGCAUGGUAGUACGGAAACCCUGUCAGAGGAUUUCAAUGCUGUGAUCCUUCUGCAUCGGCGGAACAAUGCACCUUCAAGCACUGUUAACCGAACCGAACCGAACGUCAUGAAAAUCACUUCGAUGCGCUAUUUUGUAUGAAAAAUGGAGCCGGUUCAUCGCUUCUCAGUUCAUAAGACCUGAUGUUGGUCUUCCUUGGAGAUGGAGUAUAUAUGCCCUCACGCUCGACAAGUCUAUCAGAUAAUGGGACGUAAAGAUGGGGAACGACACCAGUUGCUCUCUUUAAAAUAGCCUCUCCUGUCGGAGAAUGACCCCCCCUCAGCGCCUGUCGGAAUGCCGUUUCUCUCCGCGUGCACAAGGGCCACGCGCCAGAUGGCCACAUCAUAACCGACUGUGAUACUUGAUACUAUUGCACUAAAGCUGGACCUAAACUUUGAAGAUCUGAUGGAUUUGAAGAGGGUGCUGUCCUUUCCUCCAUAUCCAGGGGAUUAUCUGCACCCAGUGGUGUACGCCUGCACUGCAGUGAUGCUGCUCUGCCUGCUAAUUUCUAUCAUGACAUACAUUGUGCACCACAGCAUAAUCCGAAUCAGCAGGAAAGGAUGGCACAUGCUCCUCAACUUCCUCUUCCACACUGCCAUGACGUUUGGGGUGUUUGCAGGAGGCAUCAACCAGAUCAAGUACCCUGUGAUCUGUCAAGUGGUUGGCAUUAUCUUGCACUACUCCUCCCUCUCCAGCAUGCUGUGGCUGCUCUUCACUGCCAGGAACGUCUGCAAGGAGGUGUCCAAGGCUCCGCCCAUACCUCAGGACAGGGACCCUCCCACUCAACCACGCCCGAAAGCCACCAUUUUUAGGUUUUAUCUGGUCAGUGGUGGGGUCCCGCUAAUCAUAGUCGGCGUUACAGCUGCUGUUAACUUGGAUAACUACGGUAGCAGAGAUGACGCCCCUUACUGUUGGAUGGCCUGGGAGCCCAGUCUGGGGGGUUUCUACGGACCAACUGCCUUCUUGGUCUUGGUAAUGUGCAUCUACUUUCUGUGCACAUACGUACAGCUAAAGCGGCAUCCAGAGCGCAAGUACGAGCUCAAGGCUAUGACAGAAGAACAGCAGCGUCUGGCUGUGGCUGAAAUUGGCCACUGUCACGCUGUCAGCGGAGAGCCAGGUGAGCACGGCGAUCACACUGGCUGCACGGCCAUCACAGCCUCAAUGCUGGCCAACGAGCACUCGUUUAAAGCUCAGCUUAGGGCCACCGCCUUCACGCUCUUCCUCUUCCUGGCCACCUGGGUUUUCGGAGCACUCGCUGUAUCACAGGGCCAUUUUCUAGACAUGAUCUUCAGCUGCCUGUAUGGAGCCUUUUCGGUCACAUUGGGGCUUUUUUUGCUCAUUCAGCACUGUGCAAAACGUGACGAUGUGUGGCAUCGCUGGUGGGCUUGUUGUCCUAAUAAACCAAAGGUGGAGGUCAAUGGGGAAGCAGCGGGGAAUGCCAUUCCAACUACACAAAGUCACAGCCAUACGCCAUCUCACGGGCAGAAUCAAAUCCACUGCCAGGUUGACUCAUCCUGUUUGGGGAAACCUCUGCUCUCCCCACACCUCUCACCCCACUGCAAGUUGGGUAGCCUCCCCUCUACCCAGAACCACACAAGCACCUGCUGUGCCACUCUACACAGUCCUUCUUCUCUAAUCGGGAGCUCGACUCGCCCCCAGUCCCUCCCGGAUGAACUGCCCCGGCCAACCCUUCCCCUUCAGAGCUGCCUGAAGGACAGAUCUAAGACUCGCUCCUUCAACCGACCUCGGCCCUGCCUCAGGGACUACUCCUACCACAUGACCUCCACCAGCAUGGACGGAAGCGUCCACAGCUCCCACCUGGACAGCCCCCACAGCGUGCACCUGGACAACCCUCUGACCUGCCACACAUCACACCUGGACACCCAGCUGUCAUGUCAUAGCCCUCAUCCGGACAACCAGCUGCGCUGCCCGAGUCCCAUUCCUCACCUCGAGACUCUGGCCUCGCACGGUCUCCACGACAGCCUCUCCUGCCAUAGCGCACACUUGGACAGUCAGCUCUCCUGCCACAGACACAUGUGCUGUGCCAAAGCAGACCCGUUCUCGAGCAUAUGCUGCCCUAAUGCUGACCCAUUUGUCAGCCCUUGCCAGGCAGAGGAUCCAGACAUGGGAUCGUUGAUGUACAGUUGCGCCAAAAUGGCAGAUAAAGAGGACGAAAGCAUGCUGCAUUUGGAUAUAACCCCUCCACGAGUGAGCCAUGCCACGCUCGGCAGGAAAGGCACCCUCAGCCGGAGAGGGACACUGAGCCGGAACAGUAGUCAACAUGAGGAUUACGCAAUUACGUCUGACUCCACAGGUAACAUUAGGACUGGGCCUUGGAAAAACGAGACAACCGUGUAGGCCUGUGAAUGACUAACCUGUUUCUCUCGCCUGAGCUAAACUACUGUGUAGUCCCAGGGCUAUUACCCAAAGGCCCUCUCUUGUCUGAGCUAAGCUACUGUGUAGUCCCUUUGCUGUGACUUCCCUCUCUCACCCGUCCCAUACACCUUCUUCUCUUCCCCUUUAAAGAGGGUUGAACCUCUGCUUACCUCUUCUCAGACUUCAUUUCAUGUUUCAUCCCAGCUCCAUUGGGUUUGUCCUUUUGCCAUUUCGAUAUGGCAGCAAAGAUCCCAUGCCAUACAUUUUAAUUUGGACGAUCUUUUAUAAUCAAACUGAUUUUUGUACAUGUGUUUUUGGGUAUGGUUACAAAAUGUGCAACUAUGUCGUUGUGGAUGUGUGUGUGUGUGCGUGAGUGUGUGUGUUAAGUAGGUGAGAAAGAGUAGAGUGCAUGUGUUUGUGUCUAUUUGCAUGUGACAACAUGCUUGUGUGUGUAUAUACUGGAUAGCAAGAUUUCCAUUUGUGCAGAUGAGUCCUCUUUAUUAGAGCCAAAAUCUCCCACAUUUCUGUUUUGCAUUUCAGGAAAAAAAAAUAGAAGAAGAAAAUGCAUUGCCAAGUGUGAAAAAGCAGCACUUAAUUAGAUUUUCACUUUUAAAGAAACUGUGAAUUAUCACUAAGGUAAUUAAGAGUAAUCAGUAAACAUAAAUGUGAGUUAAAUGUGCCAAACAGUACAAUAAUUAAAAAGCAACUUAUGGCCUGAAUACCUGCUCUGUGAAAUGUGGAUAAUGAUGUGUGGUUGUCAUAAGGUUUUUUUUUUUUUCAUCUUCAGACAUAAAAACAGCAAACAAAUAGUC